AUGGCGCAGGACGAGAAGAAGCCCACUGCCGCAGAGAAGGGCAAGGGCAAGGCGCCGGCGGAGGAUGCUCCCAUUUCCAACGGGGAUAAAACCGCCACCGGGGAGAAAGAUGACGGGAAGAAGAAUCAGGGCAAACCUGAAGAACACGCCGAAGAAGAGCUAAGCGAGGAGGAUCAACAACUCAAGAGCGAGCUCGAGAUGUUGGUGGAAAGAUUAAAAGAGGACGAUGCCAGCUUAUACAAGCCUGCCAUGGAUGCCAUCAAGAAUUUCAUCAAAACCUCCACAUCCUCGAUGACGGCCGUGCCCAAGCCUUUGAAAUUCCUUCGACCGCAUUACGAAGAGCUGACCGCUCUGUACGACAAAUGGCCCGCGGGUCCCGACCGGGAUUCGUUGGCUGACAUGCUGUCGGUGUUGGGCAUGACUUAUGGGGACGAAGAAAAGCUCGAGACCCUGAAGUACAGAUUACUGUCCAAGUCGGACGAUCUGGGCUCAUGGGGCCAUGAAUACAUCCGACAUCUCGCACUUGAGAUUGGACAAGAAUACCAAAACCGCUUGACGGACGAUCGGGAAGUUGGGGAUCUCACCGAACUCGCGUUGUCCCUGGUCCCUUACUUUUUGAGCCAUAACGCAGAAGCCGACGCGGUCGACCUGCUGAGCGAACUUGAGAUGAUUGAAGAGAUACCUCGAUUUUUGGAUGAGAACACAUACGCGCGAGUCUGUCUCUACAUGGUUUCCAUGGUCAACCUUCUUACCUACCCUGAUGAUGUCGCUUUCCUUAAGACGGCCCAUGACAUCUACGUUAAGUACAACAAGCUGGCCCAGGCAAUGGUGUUGGCCAUAAGACUGAAUGACCAUGAGCUCAUCCGGCGAGAUCUGGAAUCAACGGAUGAUGUGGCGCUGAAAAAACAAUUGGCAUUUUUGAUUGCUCGACAGAGAAUAUCACUCGAUGUGCCGUCGGAAACAAAGGAUGAACAGGAGAUUGCCGAGUGCUUGGGGAACACACAACUACCCAACCACUUCAAGACCCUUGCGAAAGAGCUGAACAUCCUGGAACCCAAAACUCCAGAGGAUAUUUACAAAACACAUCUUGAGAGCGGACGAGCGAGCUCGGCUGUGGCAGAUUCGGCCAAGCACAACCUCGCCAGCGCCUUCGUUAACGCUUUCGUCAAUGCAGGCUUCGGCACUGACAAGCUAAUGUUGGUAGAAGGCGAACAGCGACCGUGGGUCUGGAAAACGAAAGACGACGGCAUGAUGUCUACUACUGCGUCGUUGGGUAUGCUGAAGCAAUGGGAUGUUGAAGGCAGUCUGGACACAAUCGACCAGUUUCAGCAAUUAUCCGAAGAACCUAUCAAAGCCGGAGCUUUGCUGGCAUAUGGUGUCGUGAACUCCGGAGUACGAAUGGAAGGUGAUCCUGUCAUUUCCCUCCUGAGUGAUGACGAUGUUCUCGAAAGAGGGAAGCCUACCACUCGCCUGGCGGCCAUCAUGGGUCUAGGCUUGUCAUACGCCGGUUCGAACAGGGAGGAUCUACUGGAAUAUCUGCUUCCUAUCGUCGAGGACGGCUCGCUGGAGAUGCGACUAUCUGCUAUGGCCGCCGUCUCGCUCGGUAUGAUCUUCGUCGGUUCCUCCAACCACCAAGUCGCCGAAGCGAUCGCCACCCAGUUGAUGGAUGACGACCGCCAGAAGCAACUCAAAGACAAGUGGGCCAGAUUCAUGGCUCUCGGCUUGGCAUUGUUGUACUUUGGCCGGCAAGAGGAGGUCGACGUCAUUCUGGACAUUCUUAAAGCGAUUGACCAUCCUAUGGCGAAACCGACCGCAACACUGGCCUCGGUAUGCGCAUGGGCGGGCACUGGAGCUGUGCUUAAGAUCCAAGAGCUUCUGCACAUCUGCAACGAUCAUAUCGAAGACAAGGAGGAAACGACAGGCGAUCAGUUGGUUCAGGCUUAUGCCGUCCUCGGCAUUUCUCUGAUUGCAAUGGGCGAGGAUGUGGGUCAGGAAAUGGUGCUUCGACAGUUUGGCCAUCUCAUGCACUACGGCGAAGCCAACAUCCGGAAGGCCGUCCCUCUUGCCAUGGGUCUCAUCAGCCCCAGCAAUCCUCAGAUGAAGAUCUACGAUACUUUGUCGAGGUACAGCCAUGACAACGACAAUGAUGUGGCUAUCAAUGCCAUUUUUGCAAUGGGCUUGGUCGGUGCUGGUACCAACAAUGCCCGUCUUGCUCAAUUACUCCGACAACUUGCCAGUUAUUACCACCGGGAUCAGAGUUCGCUGUUCAUGGUGCGCAUUGCUCAGGGGCUGGUGCACAUGGGCAAAGGCACCAUGUCCCUAAAUCCAUUCCACACCGACCGACAAGUAUUGUCGAGCGUCGCCGCAGCUGGCCUUCUCACGGUUCUUGUGUCUCUGAUCGACUCGAAGCAAUUCAUUCUCGCUGAAGCACACUAUUUGCUCUACUUCCUGGUUACGGCGAUGUAUCCCAGAUUCCUGGUGACUCUGGACGAAGACCUGAAGCCAUUGACUGUCAAUGUGCGCGUGGGACAAGCCGUGGACGUUGUCGGAGCUGCUGGCCGACCGCGCACGAUCACCGGUUGGCAGACACAAAGCACUCCAGUGUUGCUUGCGUAUGGCGAGCGGGCGGAGCUGGAGGAUGAGCAGUACAUCUCACUGAGCAGCACUCUCGAGGGAUUGGUGAUUCUACGCAAGAACCCUGAAUGGGAGAGCACGAGCUGA